AGCAGCAAACAUCUUCUUGGAAGGAACUGCUUUGGACAAUAAUGGCAUGUACCAGGUUAACCAGAUGCUUCUUGGCUCUUCUAUCCGUCCUGUCAUCAACCGCAGCCACCUGCCCUUUAGAGUGUUGGUGCUCACAAAAUGAAAGAUACGUAGACUGCUCAGCCAGAAACUUAACAGCACUUCCCAACGACAUCCAGAUCAACAUAAUAUCUCUAAAUUUAUCCCAUAAUGUCAUUGAAGAUCUUGAUAACAAGCUGACCGUUUUCAAUAACUUGAGGUUCCUCAACAUAUCCAACAAUCUGCUCAGAAACAUGCCAAGGAAGUUGCCCCUGGCACUGUGGGAACUUGAUGCAUCAAAUAAUCGUAUCAAGGUACUUCAGAAGGAAGACACUGUCUCCCAGUGGAACCUUAUAAAACUGGAUGUGUCCAACAACUUGAUUGAAAGGGCUUUUUUAAUCAACAACACGUUGAUUAAUCUGAAAUUCCUCAACCUCAGUGGAAACAAUUUCUGGACAGUCCCAACCAACAUGCCCUACAACUUGACCACUUUAGACUUAUCACACAACAACCUGCACAAUAUUCUUCCAGAUACCUUUCAUCACAACAAACUCUCAAAAUUAUACUUGAACAACAAUAGCUUACAAUUGAUUCCAAGGGGUACUUUCGAUCAACUGACUGGUUUGCAGUUGAUUACUCUAUAUGGAAACAUCUGGGAAUGCAAAGACAAAGAAAGUACAUACCUGUUGACAUGGCUGCAAACUGUACCGACUGUACUUGGAUGUCCAUGCUCUGAAGAAAAUGAACAUGGGCAAAGAGGAUGUGACUCAAGUAUAAAAACACAAGCAACUGUUAGCUCAACCUUCACAAGCUAUUAUUCUCAUGUUGAAACAAUGACAAGUACCAGACACAAAGAGUCUGAAGGAAGCACAUCGUACUCUGUAGCAAAUCAGAAAAUGGAUAUUUCAUCAUUUUUACAUUCAGUUUCUUAUAGCAGUUUACAUUCAACAGCUCCAAGCUUCACUAAUGAAUCUGCCUCACAUAAACUUUCUGAGAACAUCACCAUGCAAACAACCAGUGCAGCAAGCCCAAGUGAAUUGGUUAGUAUUACUAAUGAUCCAACAGAAUGGCCUGCAUCAACUACAAUGCCCAUCACAGCUUCUGAAUUCACCUCCAAUAAUGCUGUUCUAAUCGGGUCCUCAGCAGCUGUAACCACGUCAAGUACAACCUUCAACAACCAGACGAGUAGACUAAUAUCACUGUCGACUUUUGCCUCGACGUCUGAUGUGCGUCACAGAUCACGGGCUUCUGUUGAAAUCUCAACAGUGCCUGAUCCAACUGCUGACAAUGCCACCAUCUCUCAGAGUACUGUAGGAAGCUCCUCAAGCCCACUUCAGGUUGGCUCCUCCAGUCUGACCACAAGGCCAAAGGUCAGUGAAACCACUGGAACAUUAAGCACUGUAAACCAAAUUAUGACUACACAAAACACAACCUCAAAAGCACACAAAUAUAUGGGCAUAACCUGCUUCAUGUUUCUGAUCAUGCUGGUACCUCUGGUUGUUUAGUCAUUUAAAUAUGGGAAACAACCAUUGCUGAUGAUGCCAACAAUAUAUUCGAUCAAUGAGACAGAUUAUUUAUUAAGGGAAUAAAAAAUUGAAUGCCUUCCACAUUGGCUUUUAUGGGUUACAACGAUCAAGUCUAAGCUUGAAUUCGUUAUGCCUUAGCCCUGUUCAGGUUGGUCCUUUGUCCCUUAACCAGAAGAGAGAAGAAUAAAACAACUUUCAUUGUGGACUCUUUUCCAUAACAGCUGCUGCUACUGAGAGCGCAAAAGUGAACGUUUAGUUUGGACAGGAUCGUCCUGACAUGAGGAAUAGGCACCUGGAGAUGUUCUGAAGACAGGACAGCAGGGCACCCCAAUAAGAGAAAAGGGAAUGGCCAAAAGACAAAACUUUGCUACAAGACAACGCACCAGCAAAUUAGACAAAAUAUCCUGAUCACCAAGAACUAACUGAAUGCCUUCUGCAUUCAAUAAUCUUAUUUUCCUCCAACAAAAAAAGUCUAUUAAUUGUGAUAUAUAUUCCACAUCCUAACGGUUUCUGUCAAAUUAAACUCUUGAAAAUAGUUCAAUAAUUUUACUACUAAAACAGUUCUGGUCCACCUGAAAUGUUUAACAAGAUUCUCAGUUUGUAUUAUGCAAUUUUUACUCUUUUGAUUUCCCUUAUCUAGGUGGAUGCAUGCAACUGCUAAAUUAUUUCGUUAAUACAAAUUAAUUGCAAUGUAAUUCACUUAAAACACAAAUAAAAUGUUUAAUCUUGCAAAGGCCUGUUGAAUAAAUGAAUUAAAAUAUGUAAUAUUUGCAUGCUAUGUGUAUGGAACCGGGACUUGGAAUGUAGGUCAGUCCUUUCUUAAAUGAAAUGAGGAAUUUUUCUUUUCCAAAAGGGUUAUAAAUCUUUGGCAUUCUCUACCCGAAGAUCU